GAAAGAAGGGGUUGGAAAAUGUCAGAAAUUUGGAACUUUACGAGACCAAGCCUAAAAAAGUAGAACCAAAAACAAGUGAAAAACAAAAAUAUUAUCAAAAAAAAGAAAAAUUAGAAAAACGGCCGGAAAAAAACACCAAAAGAAUUGGAAAAUUUAUCAAGGGAAAAAAAGAGUUUAAUACUCCUUACAAAAUUGUUUAUUCUGAGAAUUUAAGAAAUCCGAGCAUGAAUGCCUUUAUCUUUUGUGCUGAAAAGUCGGCUUACGGAUAUCUGAGGCUAUUGAGUUUGAUUUAUCUCUCGAACAUCAACAAUCCGAAUAUAAAAAUCUCUAUCUCUUACGUGGCAAAAGACAAAAAGAAAGAUGAUUUUUUUGAUUUUUUACAACAGAUAAAAAAAGAAAUGGGUUUAUCGGCUAAUAUUGAGUUAUCGCCGCAUACUUUAAGACGCUGUUUUGCCACUCAUCAGGCUAUUUCCGGAAUGCCGUUGCCAGUUUUACAGAAAGUAUUAGGGCAUAGUAAAAUUAGCACCACGGCUUUAUAUAUUCGGGAUGGAGAUUUGGGGAAUUUGAAUUGGAGAUUAGUCAGUAUUAUAGGACUAAAGCAGGACGUUCAACAGUGA